GAGGUCGUAACGAAGUUGUCAUCACUGAAAAUAACAACAGUAUAACUGAGCAAAUCACUGAUGUUGUCAAACAGCCUGCCUUUAUAGCUGGCAUUGGUGGGGCAUGUUGGGUAAUUCUGAUGGGUUUCAGCAUCUGGCUGUACUGGCGCAGAAAGAAGAGGAAGGGGCUCAGCAAUUAUGCUGUCACUUUCCAAAGAGGAGAUGGAGGACUAAUGAGCAAUGGAAGUCGACCAGGUCUGUUGAAUGCAAGUGACCCCAGUUAUCCUUGGCUUGCAGACUCUUGGCCUGCCACAAGUCUGCCAGUAAACAACAGCGCUAGUGGACCCAAUGAUCUUGGAAAUUUUAGUCGUGGAGAUGUGCUGCCACCAGUGCCAGGGCAAGGAGAUAAAACUGCUACAAUGCUUUCGGAUGGAGCCAUUUACAGCAGCAUUGACUUCACCACAAAAACUAGUUACAACAGUUCCAACCAAAUAACGCAAGCUACGCCAUAUGCCACCACCCAGAUACUGCAUUCCAACAGCAUCCAUGAGUUGGCUGUUGAUUUACCUGAUCCUCAGUGGAAAAGCUCAAUUCAGCAAAAAAACGACCUGAUGGGAUUCGGGUACUCUCUCCCAGAUCAAGGCAAAGGCAACAAUGGUGGCAAAGGAGGGAAAAAGAAGAAAAACAAAAAUGCUGCCAAGCCCCAGAAAAAUAAUGGUUCAAACUGGGCCAGUGUUCCCCUCCCACCCCCUCCUGUGCAGCCACUUCCAGGCACAGAGCUGGAACACUACGGAGUGGAUCAGCAAGAAGCAGGAUACGACAGUGAUGGUUGGUGUCCACCUUUGCCAGUUCAGACCUACCUACAUCAGGGCAUGGAGGAUGAGCUUGAAGAAGAUGAUGAUCGUGUUCCUACACCUCCUGUCCGAGGAGUAGCUUCAUCACCUGCCAUCUCCUUUGGGCAACAGUCAACUGCAACCCUCACACCUUCCCCACGAGAGGAGAUGCAGCCAAUGCUUCAAGCUCACUUGGAUGAAUUAACUAGGGCUUACCAGUUUGAUAUAGCAAAGCAGACAUGGCACAUCCAAAGCAAUACACAACCUCCUCAGGCUCCAGUUCCACCCCUAGGAUAUGUAUCUGGAAAUCUUAUUUCAGAUUUGGAAACAGAUGUCCCAGAUGAGGAUGAUGAUGAGGAUGAUAUUGAAGAAGAAACUGUAGAAAUCAGUAGGCCGCUAAGAGGUCUAGAGCAUACUCCAGGCUCCAGUAUGGACAAUCUAGACAGCUCUGUGACAGGUUCAAUGGUAAAUGGAUGGGGUUCUGCGUCUGAUGAGGACCAUAACUUUUCUAGUCAUAGAUCUAGUGUAGGUAGCUCCUCAGAUGACUCGAUCUUUACCAGCGGCACUUUUGCACAAGCACUGGUUGCAGCAGCAGAUAAAGCUGGUUUUAGGCUGGAUGGAACCAGCCUGACAAAAACAGGCAAAGCAUAUUCUUCCUCUCAGAGACCUCAUCCGAGCAGUCCUUUUUCUACUGACAGCAACACCAGUGCAGCUGUCAAUCAGGGUCAGAGGCCGAGGCCCACUAAAAAACACAAGGGAGGACGGUUGGACCAACCCCCCUUGCCUCAUCGUAGGGAGGGAAUCACAGACGAUCUUCCACCACCACCUGACCCGCCCCCUGGUCAGGGUUUAAGGCAGCCAGUAGUCCCUGGUCAGCGUGGAGGCUCGACAGAGAGGAAAGGAAGUUCUCUUGAGAGGCAGCAUGCACCGAACAUAGAUGAAACAAAGAGCUCCCUGGACCGGCAAACUAGGACGUCACUAGAGUGGCAGCGGCAAACCCAGGAGUGGAUAAGCUCUACAGACCGCCAAGAGGAUUUCAGGAAAGCCCAACACAAACAAGCCUUUGGAUCAGAAGAGGCACUCGUACCAUAUAGUAAACCCAACUUCCCAUCCCCUGGUGGCCACAGCUCUUCAGGAACAGCUUCUUCUAAAGGAUCGACUGGACCUAGAAAAGGUGAAGUCUUGCGAGGAGGUCACCAACGCAAUGCCAGUGACCUUCUCGAUAUAGGCUAUGUGGGAUCAAACAGUCAAGGACAGUUUACUGGUGAAUUAUAGUAGUUGAGAAGACACAUUGCAAGCUGCUCUGAUGGACCAUCAGGUCUGAACUCAUGGAAGUGAUGACACUAAACAGUGCAAUGAACAUUUUCUUUAUUUAUGUACUAUUAAAAGAACUGUAAAUGCAAUGUAAAGACACACAGCCACACAUAUCCCACAGAUACUUUACUUGUGUUCUUCUCUUUAAUACACCAUCCACCUUAAACUAUUCCUUGUCAGGAGUAUAUAAAAAAGAAAGAAUAAAAAAAUCACCCUCCAGGAUGAAAAGGAUUUCCUUCUGUAUAUAAUUUCUUUUGUUGCAUUGCUAUGCAAGCUCACCUUCUUUUUAGCUAUGUUCAUAUUCAUGUCUGUUUUUACUGGUCUGUUGUACUAUAUGUGAAUUAAUAGGCUGUGGUGCCAUAUAUUAACUUUUAAUUGUGUAACUUUUAUGUUUAAAGUUUGCACUGCAAUUUUAUUUGGUGAUAAGCACAAAACUCUACUCCUCAUGAUAUGAAGAAAAAAGAGACUGAAUGUGUGAAGAAGGUUUACGUCUUGUAAGCUACUUUGGAUAACGCUGGAUGUAAAGGAGUAUGUUAGGUGGUUUUCCAUUGGGGUGUAGAAAUGAGAAAGUGACAGGCAAAACUGAUGUCAGUGAAGACAUUAGAGACAGAUUUAAACCUUUUAAAAGCAAGCAACAUAGUUGCUCUUCAUAUUUAAGAAGGGGUCAGAAGUUGGAAGUGUGAGAUUAAAGAGUGAUUAUGAAAAUUAAAGGUAGCAUGAGAUGGCCUAGACCCUUUCACUAGAAUGAUGCCCUUAAUAUCUGUUUUUAGCCAUCCCGUGACACUAAGUAAAGGGGAAGAAAAUCAAACCUUGCUUCAAACAAAAGAACUUAAGGUGUUUCACUAAAGCUGUUUUUAUACUGCAGUUUUAAAAGAAUUAUUAGCAUUAAUUUCUCCAGCCCAAAACAUAAGACAAAGAUUUUCCAGGAGAAACAAACAAUAUAAACUCAAGGAAUACCUAGUAAGAAGUUAAGGAUGCAAUUUAUUAUUAAGACAUAUUCAGGCUGCUUCCAAAAAAUUGAAAUGUCAGAGUAUCUUAUUUCAUCUUUCCAAUACAUGUACAGUACCAUAGAGGAUAGAGCUGCACCACUGAAAUUCAUGACAUUAAUUGUUUUGAUGCAGUCUACACAAACCUUUCCAUUCUGUUACCCGAAGUCUGCAAGACCUGGAGUUGGAUCCAC